GUCUCCUCCCCCGCUUCCAGAAGCGUCCAGCCGUCCGCGUCCGGGGCCGUUGCGCCCAUGGGUCUGACACAGUGGGUGUUUCUGUUUCAGAAAACGCGACGCACCCACCGCAUCUUCUCUCAUUUUCUCAUCUAUUUUCCAGCCGCGGAGACCUCGCAUGGUCGUCUCCCCCGAUCCCGCUCUCCAUCGCCGCCGCUAACGCCAUGUCCUCCGCCGGAGCCCCGGGCGCCGCCGCCCCCCUGCAGCGGUACUUCUGCCACCAGUGCGACCGGACGGUCACCCUUACCGUCUCCCCCGGCGCCGAGAUCGCUUGUCCCAUCUGCCAUGGGGGCUUCGUCGAGGAGCUCGACUUCCCGGACUCCAACCCUAACCCUAGCUCUCGUCCCUUCUCCACCUUCCAAUCCUCCGACCCCUUCUUCUUUUCCCCCUCCGCCUUCCCCUUCCUUUUCCCCCCCACCUCCCCCUCCGCCAGCUUCGACCUCCGCAACCCCAGCGACCUCGUCGGCCUCUUCGGCCCCGACUCCUUCCCUUCCGCUGCCCCCGGCAGCGGCCCAGGCGGCGGCCCGGAGCCCUUCAAUCCGUUGGUCUUCCUCCAGAACCACAUCCAGCAACUCCUUUCCGGCGGCGCUAAUAUCCAGGUCGUCCUCGAGGGCGGCCCCGGCCUCGGUGGCAGCCUUGGAGACUACUUCAUCGGCCCCGGCCUCGAGCAGCUUAUCCAGCAGCUUGCCGAGAACGACCCCAAUCGCUACGGCACCCCGCCGGCGGCCAAGUCCGCCAUCUCCUCCCUGCCGGACAUCAAAAUCACCGAGGAACUCCUCGCCUCCGACGAGGCCCAGUGCGCGGUGUGCAAGGAUACGUUCGAGAUCGGCGUGGAGGCGAAGCAGAUGCCGUGCAAGCACAUCUAUCACAAGGACUGCAUCCUGCCGUGGCUUGAGCUUCACAACUCUUGCCCCGUGUGCCGGUACGAGCUGCUGACGGACGAUCCGGACUAUGAGAACAAGAGAGGGGCUGCGGCUGAGGGGGCAAGGCCGGCAGGGGCUGGGGAUCCUGGUGGCGCCGGUGGGUCGGCGGCUGGGGCAUCGGGGGAUGGAAACACUCUGAGUCCGAGGACGGUUGAGAGGAGGUUUAGGAUCUCGCUGCCUUGGCCACUGAGGGGUUUUGGGUCGCAAGCUGAGGCUAGCAAUACUGGGGGUGGUGGUGGGAACGACGGUGGUAGCUCUGGUGGAACUGCUGCAAAUUCUUCUGGCGGUGGGAACACUGGGUCGGAGACCCGGCAAGAUGAUUUGGAUUGAGCAUAGUUGUAGGAUGAACUCUUGGAAGUCCAAUUACCAGGGUACAGAGCUUAAAGUUCACUGCAUCAAAGUUAUACAUGUUCGAAAUAAAGUCAAGAAUGUUCAGAAUAAUUUCUUUGUUCAUGCAGCUUUUUUUUUUACCUUGGUGGUGGUGGUGUUGCGAGAGACUGGGGGUUGAUUUUAUACCUGUAUCCAUGACCCAGUUGGGAGUCACCAAAUCUGAAUCCAAGAGAACCCUAUCUGAAACAGGAAUUCUAUUGAGGCUAAUUUUGAUAUUUAAUCAGUUCGUCGUGAUAGCACAUCUGUAAUGUUUCCAUUUUUGUAACCUCUCAUCAAUAGUGCAGUUUAUUCUCAAUGAUCUGCAUUAUGUAAAUGUGCCUAUUUUCUUCUGAA